AACCAUUGUCUUCUACCUCUAAAUCUCACUAUUUGCUGCAUUAGCAUAUCAAGCAGAAAAGGACACAAUGUGCAUGCAAAUUUGAUAUGAAGAAUAUUUUGGUGGCAAAAGUGAACUUUCACACACCAAUAACAGUCAAACAGAGUGGAGCAUCACAUGGUAUAGAUCUGUCUUAUAAGGUAUUACUAUAGUUUAUGUGCUGAUCUCAAUUCUUCAACUCCCAUCUCUUCUUGUGCACAAGUCUCUCUCUUUGCUUCAUCAACAAAUUCAAAGUCCAUUUUCCUAGACAAAAACAUUAUCUUUUUCCCUUUUAAUUCCCCAAAAAUCUUGGGUUCCACAACACUCCUUCCAAAAGUACCAUUCCAUCUCAAUCUUCUUGUCUUCUACUCCUACUAAUUGUAUCAAAAUUAGCAUAUGUUCAACAGUUUCUCAAUCUUCCACAUCAAAACCAGAUCCUAAUCCUUUGUUAAUUGUGACUUUGAUCACCCAAUAAUGUACUUGUCCUUGUGUUUAGAAAUUUUCCACUAUUUGACAUAAAGGGAUUAUAGUUCCUAUAGAAUGAAGAACAUCCACAAGCUCACUUUGAUUCUGGUACUGACCUCAGCCACAGUUUUGGUAUUUCUUGCAUUUUUAAUCUACUUUUGCUGCAAAAGAAGUCCAAAAACUGAGCUAAAAGAUGUAGAAAGCACAGAGCUGAAGCAUGAAGAUGAUGGUGUUGUUCUUCAACUGGAGGACUUGAUAACUUUUCAGAAUGGUGAGGACCUCUCAAUUUCUGACAUACUGGAAGCUCCAGGAGAAGUGAUUGGAAAAUCCAACUAUGGCACACUUUACAAGGCUUUGUUGCAGACAAGUGACUCAGUGAAGUUGCUGAGGUUUUUGAGGCCUGUGUGUACUGCAAGAGUUGAAGAAUUUGGUGAAGUGAUUCAGCUUUUGGGCUGCAUCAGGCACCCCAAUUUGGUGCCUCUUCUGGGUUUCUAUGCAGGGCCAAGAGGUGAGAAGCUUCUGAUUCAUCCGUAUUAUUGGCGUGGGAGUCUGGCUCCAUUUGUGAGAGAGGGCAACCCUGAGUCUCACAAAUGGGCGAUAAUUUAUAGGAUCUCAGUUGGUAUAGCCAAAGGAUUACAUCAUCUUCACACUGGCUUGGAGAAGCCAGUAAUUCAUGGUAAUCUCAAGUUGAAAAAUGUGCUCUUCGACCGGCAUUACCAACCUUUCAUCUCAGAUUUCAGCCUACACCUUCUCUUGAAUCCCACUGCCAGCCAAGAAAUGCUUGAAUCUUCGGCAUUCCAAGGCUACAAGGCUCCCGAGCUGAUCAAAAUGAGGGAUGCAAAUGAAGAGACUGAUAUAUACAGUUUCGGGAUCAUCUUACUUGAGUUACUCACAGGGAAGGAACCCAUCAACCAAAACCCUACAACACCUGAUGAGGACUUCAGUUUGCCGAACCUAAUGAGAAAUGCAGUCCUUGGACAUAGAAUUCAUGAAGUGUUCCAUCCAGAUAUACUUGUCAGUAGCUGCACUACUGAUGAUGAAAUCCCAGUUACUAAGGAAAGAAUACUCAAAUUGUUUCAGCUUGCUAUGACAUGUUGUUCUCCUUCACCAUCACUGAGACCAAACACCAAGCAAGUGCUAUGGAAGCUUGAAGAGAUUGGAAGCUAGAACAUUGUUGGGUAGGUCAUAGUCAGAGUGCCUGGAUUUCAUUUCAGGAUAUUUCUAGUUUACAAAAUCUGCAUGAUUGAAGCCCAUGACAGUAUUGAUGAUGACAUUGACAUGUAUAGUAAAAAGUAUAGAUAAUUGGGUAUACUUUCUUGAAGGCAAAAAGUUGGAAAAUUUCAGCUACCAGGAUUUGUAGGAUUGCUUCCUGAUGGUGAUAUGGGGUACACACUUUAGGUAAAAGUUUCAGAUUUAAGCAAUGUGACAAGGAUCAUAAAGUUGGUGAUUUCUUUGUCACCAUGACUCAUAUUGCAGAUUUCAAUAGUGGUGUGGAGGGGGUGCAAAGUGUUACAAGAGAGGGUAUGGUCGCUCAGCCAAAAUGAAAAAGAGAGCUAUGAAAUUAUGCUUUUCCAAACCAAGAUUGUAAGCAACUUUGUUUUUUAUUUUAUUUAUCCACGGAUUAAAUUUAUGUU